AUGUGCGGUCUUAAAAGUGCCGCAUUUGUGAUCAUUUUUGGUGAUGCAAUUCAUAAUUUCAUUGAUGGAAUUGCUAUUGGUGCAAGUUUUGCUAUCUCAAAUCAAGUUGGUAUAGCAACAAGCAUUGCUGUUGUGUGCCAUGAAUUACCACAUGAAUUAGGUGAUUUUGCGGUCUUAAUCGAAUCUGGCCUUUCAAUUCGUCGUGCUAUGUUCCUAAAUUUCCUUUCUUCUUUAACUGCAUAUGGAGGCUUAUUUCUUGGCUUAGCAGCAAUUAGUGUUGAUAGUGCAGUGGAGAUAUUACUUGCUAUAACAGCUGGAAUGUUUUUAUAU